GCAUGAAGAUGGCGGCUCCCACCGCCAGCAAGGCAGCCUCCCUGGGCUGUAACAACAAGCCUGCGUUCCCGGAGCUGGAUUUCAGGUCGGGAGCGCGGGUGGAGGAAUUGAACAAACUCAUCCAAGAAUUCACGAAGCACGACCAGCGGGAAUACGACGACCAGAGAGCGCUGGAGAUCCACACGGCCAAGGAUUUCAUCUUUUCCAUGCUGGGAAUGGUGCAAAAGCUGGACCAAAAACUUCCAGUGGCUAAUGAGUACCUAUUACUUUCUGGAGGGGUGCGGGAAGGAGUGGUGGACCUGGACUUGGAUGAGCUUAAUGUGUAUGCCCGGGGGACCGACUACGAUAUGGAUUUCACCCUCCUGGUGCCAGCCCUCAAGCUGCACGAUCGCAACCAGCCUGUGACGCUGGACAUGCGCCACUCAGCCUUGUGCCACUCCUGGCUGAGCCUCCGGCUCUUCGACGAGGGGACAAUCAGUAAAUGGAAAGACUGCUGCACCAUCGUGGACCACAUCAACGGUGCCACCAACUACUUCUUCUCCCCUACCAAAGUGGCUGACUGGUUCUAUGACUCCAUCAGCAUUGUCCUGUCAGAGAUACAGAAAAAACCCCAGCGAGGGAUGCCAAAGGUGGAAAAGGUAGAAAAAAAUGGGACCAUCAUCUCCAUCAUCCUGGGUGUCGGCAGCAGUCGCAUGCUGUACGAUAUCGUCCCUGUGGUGUCUUUCAAAGGCUGGCCUGCCGUGGCCCAGAGCUGGCUCAUGGAGAACCACUUUUGGGAUGGGAAGAUCACCGAGGAAGAGGUCAUCAGUGGGUUUUACUUGGUGCCUGCUUGCUCCCACAAGGGCAAGAAGGACAACGAAUGGCGACUGUCCUUUGCUAGGAGCGAGGUGCAGCUGAAGAAGUGCAUCUCCAGCAGCCUCAUGCAGGCUUACCAGGCCUGCAAAGCCAUCAUCAUUAAACUCCUGUCCCGGCCCAAGGCGAUCAGCCCCUAUCACCUGCGCAGCAUGAUGCUCUGGGCCUGCGACAGACUUCCCGCCAACUACCUGGCUCAAGAGGACUACGCAGCCCACUUUCUGCUGGGCCUCAUUGAUGACCUGCAGCACUGUCUGGUCAACAAGAUGUGCCCCAAUUAUUUCAUCCCUCAAUGCAACAUGCUGGAGCACCUGUCGGAGGAGACCGUCAUGCUCCACGCCCGGAAGCUAUCAUCCGUGCGCUCAGACCCGGCAGAGCACCUGCGUACGGCCAUCGAGCAUGUGAAGGCCGCCAACAGGCUGACGCUGGAGCUGCAGAGGCGUGGAAGCACCACCAGCAUCCCCUCCCCACAGUCCGACGGAGGGGACCCCAACCAGCCUGAUGACCGUUUGGCCAAAAAACUGCAGCAGCUGGUGACUGAGAACCCAGGAAAGUCGAUCUCCGUCUUUAUUAACCCUGAUGAUGUCACGAGGCCUCAUUUCAGAAUUGAUGAUAAAUUUUUCUGAGGGCUUUGCUGACUUUCUUUCUUGAUUCUAAAAGUCUCAUGAUGUGUAGUGUGGUCUGUGAUGCUGUCUUUAUGUUUUUUACAUAUCCAGCCUCGAUUGGAUUUGUUAAGAACAAACUUAAGUUUCCUGGUUCUGCAGGACGGUGCAGGCUCUGAAACAGUAUAUUACUAUUUCAUAAUCUGCCUCCAGUUUUGUUGUUUGUGUUGUGUCAUUAUUGUCACAUAGUUUUGUUUUAGGAGAACUUGAGCCAUAGAUGAGAAUGCCCAUGAAUCCUCCUGCUUUUUUCUCUUUCAUACUUCACGCAGAUUUGCUAGUGGGUAUGAGAAAUCUUUUUCAUACACUAAAGAUCCUGUUGUUAUUAUUUGUCUUCAGUUUUUAAAUGAGCUUUCAUCAUUAUGGGUAUUUGAGAAUCAUAUGAACCUGGGAACUACCUGGCAUGUGAGCUGGAUUUACUUCUUUUGUCCACUGGCCAGAAUGGUCUCCCCUUUGUCCACCAAACAAUGUCAACUUUGAAAGUGAUAUUGCUACCAAUUUUGUUUUGGAGCAACUUCAUUGAAUGUAAUUGUCUUCAAAUCAGAGAACGUUGGAUGGUUUAGAGGGUGUGUCUGAUAGCUUUUGAAACAGAAUUAAGGUUUUCAAAUGUUAGUUUUAGUGUGUGUAAUUAUUUGAAGCCUUAUUUAAAUCCUAUUAAAGAACAUACCAUUAUAAUUGUUAUUUGCACUAAUGACAUCUUUGCCACUGUCAGAGUUGCAAUAUGUGUUUCAAUAUAAAUUAACAUCUGCUCCUGAAACUAUUGUUUUUUCAUUUAGCCCAUUUCUCUCAAUCAGUAGAAUGAUUAACUUUGCAACUGUUUAGUUCUCCUUUAAUUGUGGGGUCCUAUUUUGCCGUCUUUGAUAUUCCUGGUUCCUAUCUCGCUGAGAACAGUUUUUAAAGCUUUAUACCUGUUAAUUGACUCCAUAUAAAGCUGGAGAAAAUAUAUACUUGAUAAAGUAGGUGUCUUUAUAUUUAUUUCUUUUGGGGUUAUAGAGAUGAACUUUUCUUUUUUUUAAAUAAAAUCUCAUUUCUCCUGAGAGUUUUCAGGAAAACUGGCAAGAAGUAUUUAUAAUCCCCAAAGAGAAGAUACCAUGUCUGUUCAAUUGCUGGUUUUACCACAGAGCAGGAACCAGGGCGUAUCUGUGGGGGGCAGCCUUGGUGCACAGAGGUCCUGUCUAUGAGUGAAAUCGCUUGCCAGGUUUAGGCACUGCAAGGCUUUGGCUUUCUUUUGGUGAGGACUCAUGGCCAGCUGGUGUUUGAAGGGUCAGGGGACCUGCUGAUCUGUCAAAUGAUACCCAUGAUUUCUGCUAAUGGAAAAGCCAAGCAACAUUUUGGUUUUGGUCUUGAAUUGUCCAGACAUAUAGGUUGAAUUUUAUCCAAUUGAAAUCAGGAAUAUGCAGUCUUGGGUUUUUGCAUGGGAAUUAAUGUAAUGCUUAUAAAUGAAAAUGAAAUCAUUCAACCACCUUAAGUCAAAUGAAAAAAUAAUAAUAAAAAAGAAACAUACUGGCCUUGGAA